GACUGUUGCGCACUUAGAUAAAAUGGAGAAUACUUCUUAUUUCCAUGCUACGGAGACCAACACAAUUACGACCCCGCUUGCCAGCAAUGCAAUGUGGAAAAGUGAAAAACAUUAUCGAAAUUGGUUGACGAUUGUGAUUGUGUCAGGUUGUGGAUUCGUUAUCAACGUUUACGUUAUUAUCGCUAUGAUAAUCUAUUUAUCAAAAUUGAAAAAUUUAAAGAAGAGCCUCAAAGAAAAUGGAUCAAAGAGAUACAGAGCGGUUAUGGAAAUAUGUUUGCUCAUAAAUGCAUCUGCUGCAUUGAUGAACACUCCUGCUACUGAAAAAAUUCUUGUUGAUAUUUAUUUUCCACAAAUUUGUCCGAUUUCGAGAGGAAUUCGCGGUUUCGGUGGAAGUUCUAGUGUUCUAUUUAAUUAUCUUAAUCUGUGGCUUCGUCAAAGAUCAAUUUAUAACGACCCUGCGAUGAAGCAUCUCACUACGAAAGUAACUCGAACUUUGAGUUUUGUUGUGCUUUUUCUUGUGGCCGUGACUCCGAUAAGCAGUUAUGUAAUUUUCGUUUCUGCCUACACAUUUUCUGUCGUAGAUACUGGAUGUUCAAUUGUUGCUUCUACUGUCAACCCACAAGCGAUGUGGUUUGCCGUUGGUUUGAAUUCGCUAUUAAUGCAAUGCUUGUUAUUAUGGCUCUUUGUACUACCUUUGUACAAACACAGCGCUAACGCGCCACACGGAGGGAGUUCCAGUAGCAGCCAAGCGAAAAUCAGAGCUAUCACGAAGAGAGCGUUUAUUACAGGACUCAUAUCCUCCAUUACCGACACUGUGUCGGUAAUCAUGGCCGCAUCAGCAGUUUUUAAAGACGGGAUAACGCUUCCUUUAGCGAUGUACAUUAGCGUGUUGGUAAAUCUUAUCAUGUAUGUUGUGUCGUUCCCAGAUUGGGAAAGACUGAUGUUGCCGUGUUGUAUAAGUGCAUUUCGCAAAAGGAAUCAAUCAGAGAGAGAAGUUAGUCAAAGAAUAAGCACAAAAGUUACAGCAGCAUGAUCCGUCUCAGUUUGAAUUUUGACUGAAAGAACAAAAGAUUAUGGAAUCAUUCUAUCAUGCCACUCCGCCAAUUCGGAAAGUUAGGGCAUGUCCUAAUAUAGCCGAAGAUAAAUAAAAUCAACGACAAGACAGCUAUGCUCAAAGAAUUGGAGACCAGAUGUGACAAGUUUUUCUAUUUAAUUAUGAUAAAACUACAUUUUUGAGGAUUCCAUAGCACUCGGAAAAAAUUGCCCCGCUGCCAAUUUUAGGAAGUAAGGGCACGUCCUAAUCCAGCCGACGACAAACAGAAUCGAAUGCAAGAGAGCUUUGCUCAAUCAAAUAAAAACAAGUAAAAAUAACAUGAUCUCUUUCAACGAAAUAAUAUAUCGGGUUUCAUAGCACUCAGAGAAUAAUUGCCUACGAGCGAUUUCUUCCAUCUUUAAGUACUAGGUGGUCCAUUAGUUGCGGGCGAAAGCAACAAUAAUUAUACCAACAACAACAAUGAUUUAGCAAAACAAUCCACAUAUUUCGAAUCCAAAAACAGAUUGAAAUAUUUGUCGGAGAGAAACAGAAUAUUAACUUGAGACAUUUCACCAGAAAACAAUUCGGAUAUGAAUUUUAUAUUUAUUUAACGGUAUUUUUAUUUCUUGGUUGUGUAACUUACUUAUCCGCAGAUAGUCCUGAAUUGAAAAGUUUCCUUAAUCUCUUGGAAACUUAGGUAUCGCUGCUCGAUAACCAGCUUUGGUUCCCGCCGCUUCCCCUCUAUAGUAAAACUGUGUAUUAUCAUCCUGUAAAUUGUGUACGAUCGCUUUUU